AAAGCACAGUCAUGUAACCCAGGUAUCAUCCCAUGUGUCGAUAAGGGUGCGCGCGCACAUCACACCCGCGCUGGCUUCCUCCAUAUAAAACGAUCGCUCGACGCUAACGCAUCAGUCUGUGACGGCACCUUCUCACACACAGUACACGAAAAUGAGGCAGUUGGUGAUUUUAGCCCUUUUCGCGGCGUUUGCGCACGCGCAGUUCCAGAACGGACGUAUUCUAGAGCCCCCAGUACCCUCGCUGUGUGUGCAGAGGACCAUCCACGAGAGAUUCGUAGACAACAAAGGCUACUUCUUCUCAUGGAGAGACCCAGCGCUCCGAGGAGUUGAGGAGGACUGGUUGAGUGCCAGGAACUACUGCAGACAGCGCUGCAUGGACCUCGUCUCCUUGGAGACCAGUGACGAGAAUGAAUGGGUGAAAGCACGCAUCGUGCAGGACAAGCAAAAAUACAUCUGGACAUCGGGUCGCCUCUGCGACUUCAAAGGAUGCAACCGUCCUGACUUGCUGCCCAAUGAGGUCAACGGCUGGUUCUGGACCGCUGAGCUGCAGAAGCUGGCUCCCACCACGAACCGUCAGCAGAACGACUGGUCUGAGGGCGGCGGCAUCGGCAAACCUCAGCCCGACAACAGGGAGUUACUGCAAGGCGGUGCUGCGGAACACUGCGUGGCUAUCCUGAACAACUUCUACAACGAUGGCGUCCACUGGCACGACGUGGCCUGCCACCACCGCAAGCCCUUCGUCUGCGAGGAAAACGACGCCCUUCUCAAAUACGUGCGAUACACCAACCCCAACCUCAGAGUUUGAUCCGAUCAUCACAGCUUUACGCUAACACAUAAAUAAUUAGAUUUAAAUAAAAAAAAAAAACUAUUUUGUAAGCAGAAAGCAUAGACUAUUCUAACGAUUAUUUAUAUUUUUUUUAAUUUCUCUUCUCCGUCUUACGCAAUAGUCGUGCUUACAAGAAAAAUAUGAGGUAAUAGCCGCUAUUACAACCAACCAAAUAUGUCAUCGUAAAAGCUACAAAAACUGCUAAAACUCGAUUUUAUCCAAAAAUGAACGAUCCGGUCAUAGCUUUAAAUACCUCAUUACAUAAAUAUUUAUUACAGUAUUGUACAUUACUUUAGUCAUUAUCAGAUGCAGUCGACGAAUAAAAAAUAUUUAAGAUCUGUCAAUAAAGACUGUUUUAAUUAA